CAGGGGGCGCUGGCGGGGACAGCGCACAUCACCCGGAAGAGGAGGACCGUCGGGAAACGACGGCAGAGGAAUUGUUGUCCACAAAAGUGUGCAGAGUUUCUUUCGCUAUUUAGAUAAUCCAGCGAGCUACGAACCAACUACUACCAGAGGUCGACCCGCAGGAGGAUCAGCCUCGUCCUGAACACGGUAGAGAUGUCGGUCGCGCCUCCCAAUCGCUCGGCCGCCGGCUGGCCGCGCGGCGGGGCCGUUCAGUUUGGGAACAAAUACAUCAGCGGGCCCGCUAAGGCGCUCUCACUGGAGAGGACCAUCAACCUAUACCCUCUAACCAACUACACAUUCGGCACCAAGGAGCCUCUGUAUGAGAAGGACAGCUCAGUGGCCGCCCGGUUCCAGCGGAUGCGGGAAGAGUUUGAUAAAAUGGGAAUGCGGAGGACCGUGGAGGGCGUUCUCAUUGUCCAUGAACACAGGCUGCCUCAUGUGUUACUGCUGCAGCUGGGCACCACUUUCUUCAAACUGCCCGGGGGAGAGUUGAGUCCUGGAGAAGAUGAGGUGGAGGGUCUGAAACGUCUGAUGACGGAGAUCCUUGGAAGGCAAGAUGGCGUGAAGCAGGAAUGGGUGAUUGACGACUGUAUCGGCAACUGGUGGCGUCCAAACUUUGAGCCUCCGCAGUAUCCAUAUAUUCCAGCUCACAUCACCAAACCCAAGGAGCAUAAGAAGCUAUUCCUGGUUCAGUUGCAGGAAAAAGCGCUGUUUGCUGUCCCCAAGAACUAUAAACUGGUGGCAGCACCUUUGUUUGAACUGUAUGACAACGCUCCUGGAUAUGGACCAAUCAUUUCCAGUCUACCACAGCUUUUGAGCAGGUAUAGUUUAUGUCAUUGUGGAACUAGCCUGAAUUGAACUGUAACCCUUGUUUGUAUUUUUCUGUUGACUGUCACUGGCUGAAUUAAAAACUGUAGGGCUGGAUUCAAAUAUCACACAAAUUGUCUGUAUCAAGGAUUUGCUUUGUACAAUUUCUGACAAAAACCUGUAUGACCUGUAACUUCUCUAACUAAUCAAUCAGCUUGUAUCGUUCAUGUUUGAAAUGUAACAUAAUAAACGUUUUUAUCAACACCAGUUAACACAGUGAAACCACAAUGGGUAUAGAGACUAUUAAAGAGCUUUUUAGAUAGUAUCCAUCCUUCUGAAAUGUCUGAGGACAACACUGAAGACUGCACCACAGCUUGUUUAUACAAGCCAGGAAUGAAAACGAGACGUAUACCUGUACACAAGAUAUUUGCAGAUAAAGAUUGAAGUCUGCGGAUAAAGAUAAUACUUAAAAUGAACAAAUGUGCAGGAGUAAGUCACUUUUAUCCAAGUUGCACACACCUACAAUGAACCAGUCACACAUUCAAAUGUGCAGACACAUUCUUUUACUAUUCAGACUUAAAUUAGCUGAAAAAGGUUUCAUGUAAAGAAAUAAAUUAAUAUUGCAAGAGAUCUGUUGGUGCUGGAGCUAUCCUUCAAACAGGAAUUGACGCCUACAUGAACUCUGAAACUUAAAGGGCCAGUGUGUAGCAUUUCUGGGGAUCUUUCAGCAGAAAUGGAAUAUGAUAUUCAUAACGGUGUUUCCAUUAGUGUAUAAUCGAUUGGAACUAAUGCUUUUGCGUUGGCUUAAAAUGAGCCCUUCACAUCUACACAGGAAGCAGCUCCCAUUCAUGGAGUCCAUGUUUCUACAGUAGCCCAGAACAGACAAUCCAAACACUGGCGUUUUUACGUUACUUGAAGCCGCCGUAGUCCUCACGCUCUCGAAACUUACGUGAGCCGGAGAGUGCAAAACCAGGUACCACCGGCAGCCGUCUGACUUCCGUUGCUCCCAAAGUACAGUCUUUUAUGGUAAGGAUGGCCUCUGAGUAAGGCCAAUAGCAUUACCACAGUUUUGCAUUUGUGGCUCACAUUACUCCAGUCUUUUAAAGGGAGGAGUGAGCGGAGGGAUGUUUAGUUGGUAAAAAUCUGCAACCACGCCAUUAAGAUGCCACUAAAUCCUACACACUGUCCUUUUAAAGGUGGCCUGUGGAGUUUUCUAGAAUGUUUACAUUCUUAAUUUGCAAAGCUGAGUCUUUUUCUGAGUAUUUUAAAUCUGGUAUUAUUUACAUCCACCUUUAAUUGCCACCAUUAUUUUGUUGACAAAUUGCUAUGGAGCACUCAAAAUAAAAACCUGCUCAAGAACUCCACAGGUUACCUUUUAACAGAGAAGAAAGUUAAAUAAAAAAUAAAGAAUUGACUAAAGACAAAAAAUUGCAUUGCAAUUAAUAUGAAAAUCCUCUCUUAACAUUAACUGAAUCUUUAAUAAUUAUCUUUUUAUAGGUUCAACUUCAUUUACAACUAACUUGAGUGAACAGAAGUACGUCUGGCUGUCUCUGUGAGUGCAGUCCUGUGUGAUUGAAGAUGAGAGACAAUGUGGAGAAAAAAAAACUUCUCGUCUUUAGCUCAACUUUCACAAAAGAAAAGCUUGUCAUGUGAGAUAUACUGGAAGUUCACAGGGGUAUUUAUACUGUUAGAAGAAGAAAAUGAAAAAUGUCAUGCGUCUUAUUUUUUUUUAUAUUGAGAAACUGCUUGUUUUGUAGUAUGCAAGUCUAUUCGUCUGUGUUCAGAAUCUGAUUUUAUGUUCAUUAAGAGGAGGUCAAUGUUUGAAUUAAACAAAAUACAUCAUUGUUUUAACCUGUUA